CCCUGUUUGGUCCUUUUCCAAACGGAAGCUGCGUUGUUUACCCUUUCCAAGAUGGCGGCGGGCAUGUAUCUGGAGCAUUAUUUGGACAGUAUAGAAAACCUUCCCUUCGAGCUGCAGAGGAACUUUAAUUUGAUGAGAGAUCUCGAUCAACGCACAGAGGACUUAAAAGGACAGAUUGACUCUCUGGCUAAAGAAUACACGUCUAACGCCCGGACUCUGUCAUCUGAGCAAAAACUCUCCCUACUGAGGCAGAUUCAGCAGUCCUACAGCAAAUGCAAGGAGUUUGGGGAUGAUAAGGUGCAGCUGGCUAUGCAGACCUAUGAAAUGGUCGACAAACACAUCCGCCGCCUUGACACAGACCUGGCUCGAUUUGAAGCUGAUCUGAAAGAAAAACAGAUUGAGAGCACUGACUAUGAUUCCACCUCCAGUAAAGGAAAGAAAGGAGAAUCCAGACAGAAGGAGAAGAAGGCUGCUAAGACAAGAUCUAAAGUGAAGAGCUCAGAUGAAGAUGGAAGUCCCAAGAGUGCGCAGAAGAAAGUCAAACUUUUUCAGCAAGGGGAAUUCAACAGCCCUUCAUCCAACUUUGGCAACGUUCAUCCAUCCGAUGUGCUGGACAUGCCUGUGGACCCAAAUGAACCCACCUACUGUUUGUGCCAUCAGGUGUCCUAUGGCGAGAUGAUUGGCUGUGACAACACCGACUGCUCCAUCGAGUGGUUCCAUUUUGCAUGUGUGGGCUUAACAACCAAACCACGGGGAAAAUGGUACUGCCCACGCUGCUCUCAAGACAGAAAGAGAAAGUGAUUCAACUGGUCACUGAGGAC